UUUAUUGAAGACUGAAGUUAUGAGACCUUCCAAUGACAAGCCUCAUAGUCCACCUUCAUCUUUCUGGUCUUCUUCAUUGAAUUUAGUUUUAUUCCUUGUAAUACCUUUGGUUGUGUUCUUAGUUCUUGUUUCUGCAUUGACACCAGAGCCAUCUUCUUUGUCUCCAUGGACAUGGAGAUUUGGCAACUUGGUUUCUAAUUCUUUUGGUUUCUCUCCUCCUUCACUAAUUGAAGAAACUCCAACUAACAUUUCCGACUUCAAGGCACGGACUAAUAAUUCCAUAGUGAUCAAAGGAUCUUCCAUCUUCAAUGGAUCCUCGACAGAUUCUUCUUUCCUGGAAGCCGAAACAGAUUAUUUUGCCUCCCACAGGUCCUUUUCAGUCGCAUUUAUUGAGAAAGAAACAGUUCAACUUCGCCACAUGUCGAAGAAUAACGAAUCUGAAGAUAUUGAUGUUACAUCCACAACAAGAGUUGUAAAGAGAUACAGCCAGUUGGAGAGGCUUGAAGCAAAUUUGGCAAGAGCCCGUUCCUCCAUAAAAGAGGCUGCUCUAGUUAGGAAUUUGACAUCGAUCCAUCAAGACCAAGACUACGUGCCUCAUGGCCCAAUAUACAGGAAUCCAAAUGCUUUUCAUAGGAGUUACUUAGAGAUGGAGAAGCUCUUCAAGAUUUAUGUGUACCAGGAAGGAGAGCCACCAAUAUUCCAUAACGGUCCAUGCAGGAGCAUAUAUUCCUCAGAGGGAAGGUUCAUUCAUGAAUUGGAAAAGGGCAAAUUUUAUAGAACCCAAGACCCCGAUGAGGCAUUGGUUUAUUUCCUUCCAUUCAGUGUUGUCAUGCUGGUUCAUUAUCUCUACGAUCCUGAAACCUUUGACACCGAUGCCAUUGGACGGGCUGUUGUAGACUACAUCGAUGUCAUUGCUGGUAAACAUCCCUACUGGAAUCGAAGCCUUGGUGCGGACCAUGUCAUGCUCUCCUGCCAUGAUUGGGGGCCGCGUGCAUCUUCCUAUGUUCCUCAUUUGUACCACAAGUCCAUUAGAGUUUUAUGUAACGCAAACACUUCUGAAGGAUUUAAUCCAGCUAAAGAUGCCUCAUUUCCAGAAAUCAAUCUUUUAACAGGUGAGGUGGAAGGGCUAUUAGGCGGUCCUUCUCCCUCUCAUCGGUCCAUUCUUGCCUUUUUCGCUGGCCGUCUCCACGGCUACAUCAGGUACCUCCUUCUGAAUGAGUGGAAAGACAAACGGGAUCCUGAUGUCCAAGUCUUUGACCAACUUCCCAAGGGAGUUUCAUACAUGUCGAAGCUGAAGAACAGCAGGUUUUGCCUAUGCCCGAGUGGAUAUGAAGUAGCAAGCCCCAGAAUUGUGGAGGCUAUCUAUGCAGAAUGUGUUCCAGUGCUGAUUUCAGACAGCUAUGUGCCCCCUUUCAGCGAUGUCCUGAAUUGGAAUUCAUUCUCAGUUCAGGUUGCGGUCAAGGACAUACCAAACAUCAAGAAGAUCCUGAUGGGCAUUUCUCAAAGGCAAUAUUUGAGAAUGCAAAGGAGAGUGAAACAAGUUCAAAGGCACUUCGUGGUGAAUGCAACUCCCAAGAGGUAUGAUGUCUUCCACAUGAUUACUCACUCUAUUUGGCUUCGAAGAUUAAACAUUCACGUUCAGGAUUUUGAUCAUUCUUGA